AUGGGGUUUGAUGGCACGAAGGUGGACCCCCUUAGGGCAAUUGAUUUAUCUAUCAUUGUGGCAAAAAGGAUGUUAAAGGAGAACUUUGUUCUAGUGGAGAUACAUUCUUCUUAUAAUCUCAUUAUGGGAAGAGGUUGGAUCCACCGAAUGAACGGGGUCCUGUCUACCUUUCAUCAAGUGAUGAGAUGCUUGUCUCCGGAUGGUAAGGAGGUUAUUAAUCUUUGGGGAAAUCAAGUCACUGCCAAAGAAUGCUACAUGUUGACACAGAAUGAGGUAAAGAAGAGCUCUCUGCCUAAGUAUUUGAAAGCGGAGGAUGAAGCUAAAGCUGCAAAGCCUACCAAAGAAUCUCUGGAGGCUGCCAAAGUAAUCCUCAGCGAUCCUCAGAAAGUCAGCUAUAUAGGUCGUUACACAUUUGUUUGGGAUCAUCCAGACAUAGUAGGAAUCAAUCUUUCAGUCUCAUGCCAUAGCCUGAAGGUGGAUCCGGCGUUUAAGCCAGUUAAGCAAAAACGCAGAAGGUUUGCUCCUGAGCGCAAUCGAAUUAUUGCUGAAGAAGUAAACAAAUUGCUUCAGGCGGGCUUUAUCCAAGAAGUGCAUUAUCCACAAUGGCUCUCUAAUGUGGUGGUAGUUUAG